CCCAAGGUACUCACUCUAUGCAGACGUUGUUUGUAGCCUCUCGCUGCUGAGAGUACUGGUCUAGUAUGCCACCGCAUCACACAACGACAACUGCGCUGCUUGCCAGUCUACCUUGCAGAGAGCUGGCCACCUUAUCAGUACUCGGCUGUGCGUUGAGGUAGCCUACCUGAACAGUGAAACACCCCACAACCACAUCCUCCACGUCGACUCUCUUUCGCGACAACAACCAUGAAUACACGACCGAUUCUCGACUCGAAUGCGGGGCCUUUCGCCCUCUCUGCAUCCUUCAACGCAGACAACUCUUGCUUUUCGGUGGCCCUAGAAUCAGGGUUCCGUGUGUUCAGCGCAAAGACGAGUGAUCAAAAACUGGCACGAGAGGUCGGCGGUGGCAUCGGUUGCGCAGAAAUGCUCGGAACCACACGCUACAUCGCCCUAGUCGGAGGAGGGAAGCAGCCCAAGUUCCCACAAAACAAGGUCCAAAUCUGGAACGACGCCAACCAAGUCAUCUCAACGGCCCUUGAGUUCAAGACGCCGGUGCAGCGCGUUCGUAUAUCGCAAACGCAUCUGAUUGUUGUGUUGCUAAAUAAAGUGGGGAUAUAUGAGAUGAAGCUGCCGCCGAAGAAGGUCGCAGACUACGAGACAGUCAACAACCCAUUUGGACUAUGCGAAUUGAGGAAGAACAUUGUCGCGUUCCCAGGAAGAACAGUUGGACAAGUCAAGCUGUUCGAUCUAACAUCAGGCAACGUCAGCAUCAUACCCGCUCAUGAAUCUCCGCUCCGCGCUCUCGCACUCGGCAAGAACGGGGACCUGGUAGCCACUGCCAGCGAACAGGGCACACUCAUCCGCCUCUGGUCUUUCCCAUCCUGCACAAAGCUUGCGGAGCUUCGUCGCGGCGUAGAUCCUGCAGUCAUCUUCUCGCUUGCUUUCUCACCGUCUGGAGCUACACUUGCCGUGACUUCUGACAAGUCCACUCUGCAUAUCUUUGAUCUCCCCGCAGGGACGACAGCAGAUGCUGAUCCUAAACAGCACAAAUGGGGGAUACUCUCGAAGGUCCCACUUCUACCCCGCCAAUUUUCAGACACGUACUCGACAGCUUCUGCGAGGUUCGAAAUGGGUGACGAACCGCUUGGUUGGGGGCCGCAUUCAAAAUCCGCAACCUUCAAUGUUGGGAUUCCAGGUGUACCUGGGGGCAGACCGACGAAGGGGCUGCUUGGCUGGCUGGAUGAACAGACGCUGCUAGUCAUAGGUGCAGGGCAAGAUGCAAGGUGGGAAAAGUUCAAUGUGGGAGUUGACGACUCUGGGCGAAGAGCCGUGGAAAGGGAGGGGUGGAGACGAUACCUCGACUAGAAACUGAUCUGAUCGGUAGGGGAGUACAUACUCAAGUUUGAUGACUGGCAAGUCGUUAUUGCGUGGACAUCUAAAGGCACGAGAUGUUGCACAACGUUUUGCAACCCGGAACGGCGUAUAUAGGUUGGCUUUUGGAUAAGACAGGCGUUGUUUGUGGUGACUUAUACCCUCUAGAGGCAAGGCGCAUGACGUGGAUCUCCAUCCUGACUGCGUCAUGCAGUCGGUUGUGGCUAUCGAACUAUACACAUCGCUCCAUCGACUGAGCGUUUUCUUAUGUCACCU